AAAAAAGUGGAAAGUGCAAGCGUUUGGGAAAUGCGACACCGGAUCCAUCAAAUGCUUGGCUGAACGGUCAGCCUACACUCCGAAAAGCAGAAACGGCUGCAAUGUGCUGACCCUCGGGUUCCAGGUCGUCAAGGGUUUCCGAGCCAAGCUCCGCAAGUAGUAAUGACUUGACUGGGGCACGAAUGGAACACCAGCCCCGGCUGCGGACUAAAACAGUCCAAUAGCCCACAUCUUGAAGCGCAACAGUACUCACUUGCGAUCUCACACUCCCUCUGGAAUGCGCGACCAACUGACAUCGAUGUUGGGGUUACCUUGGCAGCCUCAGUUUUCGCUUCGACUGCACUUUCAUUGGCGUUAGGUUAUAAAAGCAGCCCGACCACCUCCGCAACUCGGCUGUCUCUGUCUCAGCUUACACCGCCUCAACAGCCAGUCAAAAUGUGGAAGUAUCUCGGAUGGCUCGCCUUUAUUGCCGGCGCGAGCAGCCUGGGUCAGCUGAUCCUCGAUCCGUCGCUGGUCCCCUGCACCCGCUGUUUGAGGAGUCUGCCCCUGCCGCUCUACCACUUUAUUCCACUGCGAGAGCUGGCCGCCGAAUCCCUGCUGGCUGGCGACUCGGACCCAAAAUCGCAUCGUAGAAGAAGACAGCAAAUUAUCCAGGAGGUAGUCGUCGAGAACAACUUUGGAGGUCCUGGAUUCGGUGGCCCUGGAUUCGGUGCUCCUGGUUUCGGAGGCCCAGGAUUUGGAGGUGCUCCUGGUUUCGGAGGUCCUGGAUUCGGAGGUGGACCUGGUUUCGGUGGUCCUGGAUUCGGAGGUCCUGGUUUCGGAGGUCCUGGAUUCGGAGGUCCUGGACUCGGUGGUCCUGGAUUCGGAGGUCCUGGACUCGGAGGUAGACUUGGGAAGUUUAUUAAUAAAGGAUUUCCCCGUAGCUAUGACCAGGCGAAUGAAAAUGAACCAGACGAGGGGCCCGACAACCAGCAGUAUGAAACACACAGCCAAGUUCCUUCGCCGACCUGUCCGAAAAACUACGUGUUCUCUUGUGAAGCAGUUAUCAAGUCGGUUCCCUGUAGAUCAAGCACAUGCGCUGGCGUUUGAGAACAUGAUCAAUAUUAAACUUAAGAUUAUAAGGAACAUUUUUGUAUAAUUUAUGGACAUUUUUGGGGGACACUUUCAUAUUGUUGCAGAGUACAGAGUACAUAUAAAGCGAAGCCGAAGACGAUUGUGUGACAACACAAAAAUAACACAAAACUUUUUUGCUUUGAUUACUCGAAGUUCGACUGCAAAAAUAAAUUCGUUGUUUUAAAACAUGCCAA